GUCUGUCUGUGUCUCGGUCGUCUUCCGCUACCUGUCUGUCUGUCUGUCUGUCUGUGUGUGUGUGUGUGAAGCACCAACACCAUCUUACAUAAUGACAAUCCAGAGACUGCUGCUGUGUGGGAUGGUGGGCGUGAUGGUGGGCGUGGUGGUAGGCGACUCGGAGGAGGCGCCGCCAGAUUUCGCCCCCUCCCAGGAUGUCGUCAACAACAACGCCACACGGGCGGCCAUGUACUGGCGGCACAUGAUCGGGCGGCACCCGCUUGCGUCAGCGACAGCGUCCAUGUACUGGCGGAUAAUGUCCGUAGAGGACCCUGAGGAAGCGGCCAAGGCGGCCAUGAAGACCCGCAAGGCCACCUCCAGCGACCCUGAGGCCAUGGCCCAGUCCGCCUUCUUCUAUCAGCGUAUGUCUACCCGCAGUCCUCACUACGCCAAGAUGGCCGACAAUUACUGGAAGAAGAUGGCCGCCCAUGACCCCGAGGUCACCGCCAGGUCAGCCAUGUACUGGCGCAACGACCCUGAGGCCGCCAUGUACUGGUAACCUUCCAUGACCUUGUGGUGUGACCCUAUGUGACCCUGUGUCAACCCAGGAGUCACCACCAGGUCAACUAUCACUGGCAUAAUGACCCCGUGUGCUGAUGACCUCUCCUGACCUCUUGUGACCUCUAUUGACCCCUUAUGACCUCCCCUGACUCCUUGUGACCUCUCCUGACCUCUUGUGACCUCUCCUGACCCAUUGUGACCUUGUACCGCCCUCACUGUGGCAGUAAUUUCCCGUUUAUAACAUAAGGCGGCAAGAAUAAACCUCCGCAACAAUAACAAUGUUGGUGUGUAGGUCGUGUGUAGGUCGUGUGUAGGUCGUGUGUAGGUGAAGUCAAGAGUGUAACACAACAGGUCAACUUGUGUGUUUAACUUAUUGUCUUUGGUCUAUAUAUAAAACUUAAGGUUCCA